AUGAUUUGCCCAGAUUUUCUAGAAUUUCAGGAUAUUAUAAAAAAGAUGCGUAUACUUGACGAUAAAAUUGUAUAUGCGUUAAAUACAUCAUUACCGACGGAGUCUUUUCAAACUAAAAUAGAUGCCACUUCGGCUUGUCAAGACCUCUAUGAGCAAAUUCAAAAAGGUCAUAGUGAGAGGGAAAAAGUGAUAAAAAAUUGCAUCAUUUCAUCUGCAGAUACAGUAAAAAAUUUAAAAACUGCAAAGGAACAAAAGCCAGAUGAUAUUGAUUUGCUAAGAAAUAUAAAAGCAGAACAAAGAAAGUUACGACUUCUACAAACUGAGCUGAGUGUUGAGGAAAUAAUUAAGGAAAAGACAACUAAGUUAUUUACAGAAAAAUGUAGGAACUAUUUUAAGCCUAGUUACUAA